AUGGGAUAUAAGAUAUAUUCUAACUCUGACUUAGUUCAAACAGUAACAUGGGCAAACUAUGAAUGGUUCGCUUUGAGAAACUCAGUACAACCACAAGCUAGAGAACAAACAGACCAGUAUGCAACUAUUGAGAAAAUAAGAAGACUUGACCCUAACAUUCCAGGAGUUUAUGUUAACCUUUCUGGUUCAGAUGGAAAUGCUGCCACUAAAGUAAAACUGAAACUUAGAGUUCCUUUGUCAUCUUUCCUCAUCUUCAGGUUUUUAAGAUACUUGCCAAACUGGGCAGGAAAAAUUUCUAUCGAACUUACUCCAAGCAAAAAUAACUUAGUCAUUGCACCAACACAAGACCCAUUCACUAUUACAGACGUAAAGGGAACAAAUCAAACGUCAUUCGCCGAAUUUUGCAAAGACAAAGUUGACUUAGACUUUGGUUUCUCAAACCUCAACACUGAAGUAAACUAUUAUUUCAAUGCUGCUGGAACUGCUUGGGACCCAGUUAAGUUCACAUGCGAAAAAUUUGAAUGCAAGAGAAUAGAAAGCAGACUUGCAGUCUAUAUGUUGGACCCAGAUAUUUCAAAUGCUUUAGCUGCCAAAUAUAUUGCAGUUCCACUUAUGUUCCCUAUACACCAAAUAUCUGUCAAAGACUUUGCAGGUGAAGUUGGAAACCAAAGUGCUGACCCAGGUGCAAGAACAGAUAUUGCUUUAACAACUGCAAUGAAACAUGCAGAUACUAUGUUUGUACUGUUCAGACGAACUAUAAAUGACUAUUCUUGUUUCUACAACCCUGGUAUUAAAUAUCAUAUAAACAUAGAUGGCAAAUAUUAUCCAAGAGAAGAAUAUUCUACAGUUGAGGAUAUGAGGUCAUACAACUUGACAUUAGAUGCUAUGAACUUUAACAACAACUUCACAACAACCAUUAACCCUGAAAUGCAAAGUUCUAUUAUGCCAUAUGUGAAAGUAUGGACUCAUACAGGAGGUCAAAAAACUCAAUAUACAAAUGGAGACC